GGCGGCGGCGGCGGCGGCGGUGGGUGCGCUCCGCUCCGCGCCGCUCCGCGCCCCGCGCCCGCCAUGGCGGCCCGCCGCCACCGGGCCCUGCUCGCCCUCGGCCUGGCCCUGCUCGCCGCCGCCGCCGCCGCCACCGACCCCUUCUCGCCCCAGCUGGGAGACACCGCCGGGUGCCGCGGGCAGUGCGGCCGCAGCCUGCCGCGCCGAGCCGCCGCCGAUGCUGUUCUCAACGCCUGUUACCGGGGCUGCCGGCUGUUCUCCAUCUGUCACUUCGUGGAUGCGAGCGCCGAGCUCAACACAACCCGAGCCGAGUGCGAGGCAGCGUGCGCCGAAGCCUACAGCAACGCAGAGGAGCAGUUUGGCUGCGUGACAGGGUGCCGCAAGCAGCUGCCCGAGGUGGAGAGCAGGAAGGAGAAGAGCCCGGAGUUGAAGGUGCCGUCGUUCUCCAUGUUUGAUUUGGUCUCCACCUUCUGCAACGACAUCGUCAGCUCUGCCCAGAGCUUCAUCUCCUCCACCUGGACCUUCUACCUACAGGCGGAUGACGGCAAAGUCGUGGUGUUUCAGUCCCAGCCCGAGAUGGAGUAUCCGGUGCCCGAGGAGCAGGAGACCCAGCCGGAGCGGCCAGUGCAGCCGGGACCGGGGUCCAGCGCCCACAUCCCCCAGCCCCACACAGGCCCCCGGGCGAAGGGGGAGAAGCCCCCCAUGAAGGAGCCGCGGGGCAAAGCCAAGGGGCAGCACCCGGAGCCCCCGCAGCCGGAGCACGACUUCCUCGGCUGCAUGUCCAAGCGGGGGGCGGUGGGGUGUUACAGGCGCUCAGGCCUUCCUCGCUGGAUCCUGGCCGCCUGCCUCUUCCUCUCCAUCAUGGUGAUGCUGUGGCUGAGUUGCGCCAGUUUGGUGACCGCCCCCGAGCAGCACGUCAAGACCCAGCCUCUGAGCAUCAACGGGGACAAGGAGUACCUGGAGGACAUGGACGGCCCUGGCGCCUUCCCCCUGCCGCCCGUCAUCACCGUCACCCUGUGUCCCCCGCAUGGCGGCGAGGACGCGGGGCCACUGCCCCUCAAAGUCGACCUGGACAAGACCAUCCUGUAGCGCUCCCACCCCUUCCCGUCACCUCCUUGCCACCUCCCUGUCACUGUCCCCACAGCAUCAUGCCCGGUCCUGGUCCCGCUCCGCUGCCCCUCCGGCUGCCCCAUGUCCCCGGCUCCCGGAGGGGCAGCCCUGGCUCCAUCACGGCGGGGAUGGGGGGUACGAUCUGUCUCGGUCCCACUCUCCCCCCCAGAGAUGGCCGCUGCGGAGGAGGCUCCCGGGAGCCAGGCAGUGGCUUUGCCUCCUCCGUAGCCGUGCUGGGAUCCUGGUUUCCAGCACUCAAGAGCCAAGAGAGGAGCUGCCAGAGUGGGAAGGCCGGGGGGAGCCUGUCCUCGUAGCGGGGCGGUCCGUCUCCUCCCGACCGGAGCCCCCCGGGGCCCCGCAGCCCUCCGGGCAUGGGUCCAGCGCUGGGCAGGAGGGAGCCGGCUGCGGUGGGGGAUGGAGAGUGUCUGCAACGUUCUGGGCUUUGGCUCGGCACAUCCCCGGCCUCCCACCUUGGGCUGAGCCUCCAAGGCGCCGUCUCCGGCCCUGGGAACUCCCUUCCGCCGGCCGGAGCCGAUUGCCUUGGGGAGCCGAAACGUGGCGAAUGGAUUUGGCGUUGGCAGCCGGAGAGAGGAGCGGAUCUCGCCGCCUCCGUGCCCACGCGAGGACCCAGCCGGCCCCUUCCCGGCGCUGUGGAGGGGCCCCGGGAUGGCUCCUUCCCCUCCCGGCUCCGUGGUGCCUUUGGAGCAGCUGGCCCUGAUGCCAACGGGUUGGGCGCGGGACCGAGCAGGGGAUGAGGCAGCGAUUCCCUGCCUUGUGCUCCCGGCUUGUGUCUGAGCUCGGGCGGGCGGUGGGAGCUGCCGGGACACCUCCAUCCUGGGCUCAGCAUCCCUGCCCCACGCCGGGAGCGGUGCAGCCUGCGGGGCUGUAGCUGAUGGCAGGACCUAGCAGCAGCCGGCCUCUGCGUCCUCACGCUCACGGCACUGCCCUGGACGUGGGGGGCCAGCUCUGGGGAGUCCUGGCCAAGCGGGGACCCCCUCGGCUCACCCCUCGGCGUGGAGGGGUCCCCUCCCUCCCCUGGCUCCGCAGGGCUCUGCUCCCGUGCCAGCCGGGUCGUCUCCCCCUCUCCCCGCCGUUCUCCAUCACUUGCCUUCAUGCGUCGUUUUGUGGUUUGAUUUUCACCGGCAUGUGGUUCCUGGGUCCCCGGCACCCCGCGGGGUCACCCCUGCGCUGGGAGGGAUGGCUCGGUGGUGGCGGUCCCUUCCGUCCCCAUGUCCACCUAACACAUCUGUACAGAUUAACUUAUUACCCGCAACUCCC